UUGAGAGGAUUUUAGGACUCUUUGCCGAAAGUGGAUUGAACAAUGCUCAUUCCAGUCUCCUUACUCAACUAAGUGAGGUAUUGCCUUUGCAAAACGGUGAUCACAGCGAUGUUUCAGCGACAUGUGCGUCUGCCUCUCCCCAAAUCUUCCAGAGAGGGUGUAAGCGCCGCUCAUCUUGAAUAAGUCGAGAAGUCAUUGAAGAUGAGUGCUCUGCAAACGCUCCUGUUUCUUUUCCUCCUGCACCAGGUCACAUGCAGGAAGGUGCACGGAGGGGCCACAGAGCUCAUUGAGUGGGGAGACAGUAAUGAACAGAGGAUUUCUCCCACGGGGGCCAGUCCACGGAUCCUCAACCCCCUGCGUUUGUUUGCCAGGGGCUCCCCCGGGUUCAAGAGCAACAUGAGGGAAAUAACAUAUUUACAGAACAUGGAGGACUUUUGGGACUGGUUAUCUAACCAGACAGAUGUUCAGGGUGCACAGGCCAGAACUAAACGCAGGCCCAUCGUGAAGACUGGCAAGUUCAAAAAGAUGUUCGGGUGGGGGGAUUUCCACUCCAACAUCAAGACUGUCAAACUCAACCUGCUGAUCACAGGGAAGAUUGUGGACCACGGGAAUGGCACUUUUAGCGUUUACUUCCGCCACAACUCCACGGGUCUGGGGAACGUGUCUGUCAGCCUGGUGCCGCCCUCCAAGGUGGUGGAGUUUGAGAUCGCCCAGCAGUCCACGCUGGAGACCAAAGACACCAAAUCAUUCAACUGUCGCAUUGAGUAUGAGAAGACGGACCGCAACAAGAAGACUGCCCUGUGCGGCUUCGACCCGUCCAAGGUGUGCUAUCAGGAGCAGACGCAGAGCCACGUGUCCUGGCUGUGCUCGAAACCCUUCAAAGUCAUAUGCAUCUAUAUAGCCUUUUACAGUGUAGACUAUAAACUGGUGCAGAAGGUAUGCCCCGACUACAACUACCAUAGUGACACACCAUACUCCUCCACAGGAUGACCUAGCAGUUAUUAGUAUGCAUCAACUUUUUGUUUUAUCUUCGAAUAAUGUAAAUGUCAACUUCUAAGCUCCUUGUCCCCAAAUACCUAAAUACCUGAGAUAUGUUGCAUGAGGUGCAACUUAAAAUGGGACACAAACCGCAGGGAUUUGGCGCAUUAUUACAAAACUUUUGUAUGUACUGCACAAACACACAACUCUAACACUUCAGAUAGUUAGGUGUCCAGGGACUUGGUUUUAGGGGUUGACUUGGGAUUCAGAGCUAGCUUCCAACCCUGAGUGACUCCUUCCCAUCACAGCAGCACAUGUUCUCUGUAAACCACAGGAAUAAUUAGUACGUCGUCCAGAUGUUUUCUUCGAGGCUAGACCGUAGGCAAGCAGCCUCUCAGUUGGAAGUGUAUAGCUGGCUUCUCUGCCAGUGCUGCAUUGAUGCUAGCAUUAUCAAACAAUUUCUUCACCUCAUUUAAACAGUCAGUUAUGGGAAGAAAUAUGACAAGACUUUGAAUCAUUUUAAUAAUUACUAUACCAAGACAUUUGAAUUGAUAUUCAACAGGGCAUAAAUUUGAUAUUCCCCAUUUGAAACGUCACUACAUUUUGACUGAUUAGUCAAAAUGGUCUGUUCAUUGUCUUCAAAGUGAAGCUAACAUCCAUUUGUACCUGUUAACAGAACACAGGCAGGACAGUCUCUAUUAUUUCAGAUUAGUGUGAUUAAUGGGUAUUUUUUCAAGUAGCUCUGAAUAAUUAAUAUGGCCUUACAACCUAUCUUUUAUCUGUUAUCUGUCUCUUGUAGGGACUGAAAUAACGUGAAUUGAUUCAUUGAACCCAAUUGUAAGUGCCCAAGACGAAAUAAAUUGAUCCAGCAAAUCUAAUCCAAAAGCAGCCUGACAGCAUGAUCGUAAAUUAUUACACAUAAAUAUGUAGGUACCCAUCCAUGUAUAACCUGGCUGCUGCCUUGUUUGCUCCUUAAAAUGUGUUGGUUUUCUGCUACAAUCAUCAUAAGGCAUGUGUAUGCUAAACCAGCCUGAAAUCCAACAUCUGUGUUUGCAGGAUGCACUUUGAGGCAUCAGCCUGCCGUGCUACGCCCG